AUUUACAGCGAGGCAGAAGUUGGAGAUCACUGACUUUAUACCAGCUGAAUGAUGAGUGCUGCUCAGAGUCAAACAACGCUGGAGUCCAAACUGGAGGCCCUGCAGUGCCACUUCACCUGGGAUCUGGAGACCAGCAAGUCCAUGCUGUUACGUCGCAAGGACAACCUGGAGGACAUCGGCACCGAGGAGGGGAACAGCUGGCUGGGUCACAUUUACAACCUGCGGGGGUUCAUUCAGUACAAGCUGGGGUUCACCGAAGACGCCCAGAGUUUCUUCAACAAGGCUGCAGAGGCCUUCAGCAAGAUAAGAAACGCAGAUGAGGGUCCCUGGUUGGUGGUGAACUACGGGAACCUGGCGUGGCUGCACCACCACCUGGGAGACCAAGCAGAGAGUCAGGCUUACCUGUCAAAGGUCAACGCCCUGAUGAAUAAAUACCCAUCUCCAUCCCAGGAUGAGCUUGAUCCAGAGAUCUACGCUGAGAAAGGCUGGACCCUGAUGAAGUUCAGCAGAGAACAAAAGAAAGAGGCUGCAGAUUACUUCCAGAGAGCCAUCAGGAUGCAGCCGGACAUGGUGGAGUGGAACACCAGCUACGUCUUAGAGUUAAUGUAUGAUUUCAGGGAAAACAACGAGGGGCAGGAGGCUGACAUUUUGGAUAAAAUGAGAACUGCCAAGGAACAGGAUCCAGAGAACUUGUACCUCGCUGUUCUCUACCUCGAGCAAUGUACAAAGAAAGGAGAAAGAAUCGAAGAUGAAGCACGUGAGUUGGCAAGAAAGGUUUUGAGAAAUCCUGUCAGCAGCUACAGUGGUAUUAAACCAUUACUAAGGGUUUACUUAAACCAUGUAUCUAUUGAUGAAGCCAUUGAUUUGGCAGAGGAGGCUCUGGGAAAACAUCCAGAUAAGCGUCAUCUUAAGAAAUGUUGCGCAUUCUGCUACAAAUGGAAGAUCUUCAGGGAAAGCCCAGAGCAAAGCCUGAUAGACAGAGCAAUCAGUCUCCAUGAGGAGGUGAUUUCUCUUUACCCUGAUUCUUCACUUGUGAAGGAAAUAAACCUCGCAAAGAUAUACUCAAAUUUAAAUAACAGCCAGGAUAAAGUUGAGCAGAUAUACCAGGAAGUACUAGAAAGAGAUCUGGAACCUCUAGACAAACAGAUGAUUUACAGCACCUAUGCAAAACAUUUAUCAUGGAAUCGACAAGACAGUGGAGGGUCAGUACGAUAUCACAUGAAGGUGGCAAAGAUACCACAAGAAUCUAUAUAUCGGGAGACCAGCAUCAAAACCCUGAAGAAGAUUAGAGACAGAGGCAGGAGCCACAUGUGUAGAGAAAUAGAGGAGUUUCUGGAAAACCUGCCAGAGCCAUAGUGUUUUUCACAUUCGCCCAAAGCAAAGCGUGAUAGACAGAGCAAUCAGUCUCAAUAAAGAGGUGAUUGCUUUUUACCCUCCUUCUUUCCUUAUGAAGAAACUAGAACUCGCAAAUAUCUAUAUGCAAAAUUAAAUUACACCCAGGAAAAAGCAUAGAAGUAAUACCAGGAACUGAUCUGGAACCUGCAGACAAACAGAUGUUUUGUAAGGCUUCUAUGCAAAAUAUUUAAACUGUAAUCGUCAGGAGUACCAAAGGGUCAAUACUUGAAGCAGUAGUACCACAUCGAUCCUCCUCUCGUUGUAACAGCAUCACAACUCUGAAAAAGAUUAAAAGACAGAGACAAAACCCAAUGUGUAGAGAAAUAGAAGAGUUUCUGGCAAACCUGCAAGAGCCAUAGUGUUAUUAAAAGCACUGGUUCUAAAUCCAGAUUAAGUGUAGGUACACACAUGACAUUAUAUUGAUUACAGUCAUCAGGAAAACCUGUUUCCUUCUGUUGGUCUGCUGGUCCAGAAGCAGCAACACCUUAUUCAGAACAUGUACGAUCAACUAGUUGUUGGUUUUGGUCUUUUAAUGGUUAUCACAAAGAUAUGUAUCAUAUAAAGACAACUGUGUGCGCUUUAGUACAGUUAAUAGAAGACAAAGACUCUUAUGUGUGUGUUGUUAUGUGUGCACCAUAGUGUAGCACUUUUAAUUUCGUUGUAUGUACUUACAAUGAGAAUAAAGUCAAUUCUGAUUCUGUUUCAAAAUAAAAAUAACUUUAACAUUGACUCUGAAACCUGUCAGCAGUAGUACACUAGAUCUGUAUCAAACAAGCUGAAUCAUUUAAUAACACUGGUCCUUUAAAUAACAUCCACUGUGGACAUGUUCAGAUGUCAUUACAUAAUUAAUUCAUAUAUAUUUUGAUCAGAUGUUUUUCUUAACUUUAUCACGGUGUUUAUUAUAUUCCUGUUGUGUUAAUUGUUUUCAUGUUUAAGUUUAAAUAAGUACAUAAUACUGUGUGUAUGAAGUUUGCUUUGCUGUCAGAAAUAUAAACAGUUGUUAAUGUAAUAGUUAAUUUGAUGUAUAACCUGAAUAGAUCGCCAUUUGUAGCCUACACAAUACUAUUAAAUAUACAUUAUAUGAACUAAGAAA